AUGUAUGAUGAUGUUGUGGCUGCUCUGUUGGAGGCUGGUAAACCUCUUCAAAAACACAGGAAAAACAGGGCCUUUAAUAUUAGACCAGGAUGGAAUGAGCAUGUAGCACCAUAUCACACUGAAGCUCGGGAAGCUUACAGGCUUUGGGACCUGGCUGGGAGACCUAGGCAGGGCCCCGAGCUUGAGAAUGCCUCCAAAGCAUUUGAUCGAGUGAAUCACAAACAGCUUUUUAUUAAGCUAAAGCAAAAGGGAGUCCCUGGGUAUAUUGUGAGGGUUCUUGCCUAUUGUCUUUCCAGUUGUUAUAUUACAGAUAAAGGUUGUGUUGCUUUGGCUUUUGCUCUGAGAUCAAACCCCUCACAUCUGAGAGAUCUGAAUCUGAACUAUAAUAAACCAGGAGAUUCAGGAGUGAAGCUGCUCUCUGAUGUACUGAAGGAUUCACGCUGUAAACUGGAAAAACUACAGCUGUGUGACUGCAGUAUUACAGAUGAAGGUUUUGUUGCUUUGGCUUCAGCUCUGAGAUCAAACCCCUCACAUCUGAGAGAUCUGAAUCUGAGCUAUAAUAAACCAGGAGAUUCAGGAGUGAAGCUGCUCUCUGAUGUACUGAAGGAUUCACGCUGUAAACUGGAGAAACUACAGCUGUGGGACUGCAGAAUUACAGAUGAAGGUUGUGUUGCUUUGGCUUCAGCUCUGAGAUCAAACCCCUCACAUCUGAGAGAUCUGAAUCUGAGCUAUAAUAAACCAGGAGAUUCAGGAGUGAAGCUGCUCUCUGAUGUACUGAAGGAUUCAUGCUGUAAACUGGAGAAACUACAUCUUUCCAGUUGUGGUAUUACAGAUGAAGGUUGUGUUGCUUUGGCUUCAGCUCUGAGAUCAAACCCCUCACAUCUGAGAGAUCUGAAUCUGAGCACUAAUAAACCAGGAGAUUCAGGAGUGACACUGCUCUCUGAUGUACUGAAGGAUUCACGCUGUAAACUGGAGAAACUACAGUAA